CCGAAUCCGACAGAUCGGACGAAUCGGAGGAGGCGAGAGGGCGAGCGGGGCCGGGCGGGGCAGCAGCAGGUGGAGGCGCAGGGGGACGAGGAGACGAGGAGCGCAACUGCGGUAGCGAGGCCAGGGAGACGGGAGGAGGAGGAAGAGGACAGAGAGAGAGAGAGAGUGCCCGGGGGAGUCGAAGAGGAGUUGAAGAAGGGGACGCAGGGGGUGGGGGAAAGUAAGUCAGGCAAGUGAGAGAGUUGAGUUGAGUUGAGUUGAGCGAGCGAGCGAGCGAGAGAGAGAUCGGUAUAAGGAUUGGAGAGAGAGGGACCGAGGACGCAGACAGAGCAGACAGAGAGAGUGAGGAGGAGGAGGAGGAAGAGGCUCAGGUCGUGCAAUCAUCCUCAUCCAAUCUUUUUCCUUCCUUCCUCGUCACCGAUCCGAUAGUUGGGUUCGUAAGACGGGGAGCGGCGGGCUAGAAAAUCGGGGCUCGGAUUUCUGAUGCCCGAAAUUCUAAUUCUGCAUAAAGUGGGCCGUCCAGCAUGCACAUCACCACACACGCACCGACUUUGAUCCGUGCAGGCCGUGCUCUGUCUCGCAGACAAGCUAAGCAAGCUGCGUCUGCAGCAGAAAACUCCACUAGUUCCACUGCUGCCUCAUCCUCGUCUUCCAGAGCUGCGCACACGGCCGCUCUCCCUUCCGCCGUCGCACCCUUGGCUCGAUCCGACCCCGUCGUCCAAAGCACCCGCGGCGUGGUUGCCAAUCUGCAAUUGAGGCUGCGAUCUCACUUGCUCGGAUCCUCCCAGUUGAGAAACCCCAAUUUUGCCGCUUCCAUUUCUUUGCACCGCGGAGGCCCUGCUUUCUGCUCCUCGUCCAUCAGUGCUAGCGUCGCUCGCGUCGCCGGUGCCGCCGGAGGAUCUCUAGACUCGAGGUCGUCGUCGUCGUCCAGGGGCUACUCGACCAUGGGUUCUUCAAACAACCCCUUCAACGAAGUUUUGACCGACCUCCCCAAGCCAGGCGGAGGAUCCUAUGGGAAAUUCUACAGUUUGCCGAAAUUGGGCGACAAGAGAAUUGACAAGCUCCCAUACUCCAUCAGAAUCCUAUUGGAGUCUGCUGUGCGAAACUGCGACAACUUCCAGGUUUUGGAGAAGGAUGUCGAGAAGAUUAUUGACUGGGAGAAAACUUCCCCCCAGCAAGUCGAGAUCCCCUUCAAGCCAGCCCGUGUGCUCUUGCAGGAUUUUACUGGAGUCCCAGCUGUCGUAGAUCUUGCUGCCAUGCGAGACGCUAUCAAGCGAUUGGGAGGUGACCCCACCAAGAUUAACCCCUUGGUGCCAGUGGACCUCGUCAUCGAUCACUCCGUGCAGGUGGAUGUUGCUCGUAAAGCGAAUGCCCUUCAGAGCAACAUGGAGUUGGAGUUCAGCCGCAACAAGGAACGGUUUGCUUUCUUGAAGUGGGGUGCAACUGCGUUCCAGAACAUGCUUGUGGUGCCCCCCGGUUCUGGAAUCGUGCACCAGGUCAACUUGGAAUAUUUGGCCCGAGUUGUCUUCAACAACUCUGGACUUCUCUAUCCCGACAGUCUUGUGGGAACGGAUUCUCACACCACUAUGAUUGACGGUUUGGGAGUUGCCGGAUGGGGAGUAGGUGGUAUCGAAGCCGAAGCAUCUAUGCUCGGACAACCCAUGAGCAUGGUUCUCCCAGGAGUGGUUGGGUUCAAGCUGACUGGAAAAAUGAAAACUGGAGUUACUGCCACUGAUUUGGUGCUCACUGUGACUCAAAUGUUGAGGAAGCACGGAGUGGUCGGAAAGUUUGUGGAGUUUUACGGUGAUGGUAUGGGAGAACUUUCUCUUGCCGACCGUGCAACCAUCGCAAACAUGUCCCCCGAGUAUGGUGCCACUAUGGGAUUCUUCCCCGUCGACAGUGUUACUCUAGAUUAUUUGAGACUCACUGGUCGCGAUGAGGAGAAGGUCAACAUGAUUGAAGCCUACUUGAGGGCUAACAACAUGUUCAUUGAUUACGAGAAGCCAGCCGAAGAGAAUGUGUAUUCGUCGUACUUGGCUCUUGACCUCAACACAGUAGAGCCCUGCAUCUCUGGACCCAAGAGGCCACACGACCGUGUGACCUUGAAGGAAAUGAAGAAAGAUUGGGCAGCUUGUUUGAACAACAAGGUCGGCUUCAAGGGUUUUGGAAUCCCCAAAGAAGACCAAGGAACUGUUGCUAAGUUUGAGUUCAAUGGAAAGCCCGCUGAGCUCAAGCAUGGUGACGUCGUUAUUGCCGCAAUCACCAGUUGCACAAACACAUCCAACCCCACUGUCAUGCUCGGUGCCGGUCUGCUUGCAAAGAAGGCAACUGAGAAGGGUUUGCAGGUGAAGCCAUGGAUCAAGACCAGUCUUGCGCCCGGUUCUGGUGUCGUUACUAAGUACCUGCAGGAAAGUGGGUUGAACAAGUACUUGGACCAGCAGGGAUUCAGUCUGGUGGGUUACGGAUGCACCACCUGCAUUGGAAACUCUGGAGAGCUCGAUGAGAAGGUUGCCGCAGCUAUCGCUGACAGCGAUAUCGUCGCCGCCGCGGUUCUAUCAGGAAACAGGAACUUCGAGGGUCGUGUCCAUCCUUUGACUCGUGCCAAUUACUUGGCAUCACCUCCCUUGGUCGUGGCCUAUGCCUUCGCCGGAACUGUGAACAUCGACUUCGACAAGGAGCCCAUCGGUACUGGCAAGGAUGGAAAGCCUGUAUUCUUGGCAGACAUCUGGCCCAGCAGCGAGGAAAUUGCCGAGGUUGAGAAGAAGGCUGUUCUUCCAGAAAUGUUCAGAUCAAAUUACGAAACCAUUACAAAGGGCAAUGCCAUGUGGAACAAGCUUUCCUCACCCGAGGGUGAUCUUUACGCUUGGGAUGAGGAAUCAACCUAUGUCCAUGAACCUCCGUUCUUCAAGACAAUGACGAAGGACCCCCCAGGUGGUCACGGUGUGAAGGAUGCGUACUGUCUUCUCAACUUCGGUGAUUCCAUCACCACCGAUCACAUCUCUCCCGCUGGUAACAUCAGCAAGGACAGCCCAGCUGCCAAGUUUUUAAUGUCACGAGGUGUUGAGCGCAAGGAUUUCAACUCCUACGGAAGUCGCCGUGGUAACGAUGAAGUGAUGGCCCGUGGAACUUUUGCCAACAUUCGUAUUGUGAACAAGUUUUUGUCUGGCGAGGUCGGUCCUAAGACCAUUCACGUACCAACCAAAGAGAAGAUGUUUAUUUACGAGGCAGCGAAGAAAUACCAAGAGGAGGGUCACGAAACUGUCAUUCUUGCCGGUGCUGAGUACGGAAGUGGAAGUUCCCGUGAUUGGGCUGCCAAGGGCCCGUACUUGCAAGGUGUGAAGGCUGUUAUCUCCAAGAGUUUCGAGCGUAUUCACCGAAGCAAUUUGGUGGGUAUGGGAAUUAUUCCCCUUUGCUUCAAGAAGGGAGAAGAUGCCGACACCCUGGGACUUACUGGAUACGAAAGAUUCACCAUUGACUUGCCAACUGACGUGAAGCAAAUCAAACCCGGCCAAGAUGUGGUUGUCAAAACCGACGGCGGCAAGGAAUUUACUUGCACCCUUCGAUUUGACACUGCGGUGGAAUUGACCUACUUCGAACACGGAGGAAUUUUGCACUACGUUCUCCGACAGCUUCUUAACAACUAGAUUGUAAGCCUGUAACAUCUUGAGCGUCCCUCACAUCAUAUCGAUCCUGUUCACGAUCGAACGAAGGCUUGCGUUGUUUGGAACGAUGAGUAUAACAUUGGAGUACCAUGGUUUCCAAAAUUGUCGACGCGUUUUGAGAGGAGAUUCGACACCUUCUUUAGACAUGAGUGGGUAUACGCUUACACCCACAUAACACAGGGCAGGCACUCGCUCGAAGUGAAGUUUUUGGCAAUGAAAAAUUACUAUAUAAUAUUUUUAUUCCUCAAACGAGGGGUUCAUUGGUCUUCAGGUGUUGGCUCUUUGUUUGUGGAGCAGCACCAAUAUUGUAAUGGUUAUAAUGACACAUCUCUCUGUCUAAGGUUGUGGACAUUUUGGAAAUCUCGAAGGCCAGCUCAGGUCGAUUGUGGCACGAGAAAUUGUUAGUGAUAUUUGUGAGAGAAUUUUCUCAAGUUGAAACGGUCUAUAAUCGUCAAUGACUGCAACUGGAAGGCAGAAUUUAGUGGACUGGAGAGUAUGUAGUAGUGACCCUCGAAAACUAUUCAGGAUGAGCAGGUGGCACAAUUAGAAGUACAGAAAGGAAAAGAUCAAUUCAGUGUAGAUAAAAUCUUGAAAAGAUGUUACCCAGCUGUUCAAUAAGAGGACACAUUUUUGCGAUAAGUUGUUUGUAUUGGAACUCUCUUAUAUGUAGACGAGUUUUACGUCUGUGGAGCGCCGGCAUUGGAAUUUGGAAGUUUGCUUAACGAUCUCCGAUUUUAAGGAAGCAGCUUGAAUGUAUCUUGAGUUGCUCUUAGUACCAUCUGCUAUCUAUGUAACCUAGAAGUUUCCUAGACACCUUUUUCUUCUGCUCUUUGGA